AUGCAAAAGAGCCAAAAUGUAACCGAAGGACCUGAAGCGAACGGUGUGGCGGCGGUGGUGCUAGGCACCGGCCAUCACACCUCACCUGAUACAAAUGCAGGGAAGACCAAGAUAAGAUGGCUCAAUGUUUGGGGUGGCGUUAACGUUAGUUUAGGUUGGUUACGGUGGUUAGGUUGA